UCUUCAAGCUAUACUUAAUGUGUUUCUCUCUCUCGCCUCUGUUCAGCUCUCGCUCUCGCUUUUCUGAAAGUUGCCAUUUUUAUUUCUCGCUCUUAAUCGCUACUUAAGCUCAUCCAUCCUCUACCUUCCCCAGAGCUCCCCACAUCACUUGGACCUUCCCUCCAUCUCUCCCUCUCUCUCUGCCUCCACUCCACAGCUUAAAGAAGACCAACCCAAGACUCCAUUGACAAAUCUCAGCUGCACUUGCCGGAGAAGAAAGCCCAAGACCCAUUUCGGAUCCGGACACCAGCACUCAAUCCGUGCACUCCUGCAUUAAUCCGGGUCAGCUCAGAUGGAUCCUCCACUGAUCAACGAGUCCUCAUUCUCUCCAGCGCACCCCUCCGCCUACAGCCUAGCCGAGAUUUGGCCCUUCAGCGGGGAGCCCGGGAGUGGCGGGCUGGGGCUCCGGAUUGGGAAUUUGGGCGGGCUCGUGGAGACCCGAGAUGGGUCGUUGGAGGAAUCGACGGUGACGGAUCAGAGCGGUGCGAGGAAGAGGAAGGAGGAGUCUUCGGAGAUGGUGUCCACCAGCAGUGCCAACGAUUUGAACAAUUCAAAUGGAAAACGUGCCAAACUAGCGGGACCCAGGGACAAGAAUGGUGGUCCUAAAGCUGAAGCUGAGUCGAGCUCUGCACCUGGAAGUAAGACGACUGAACAAAUUGCGAAACCUUCCGAGCCACCAAAGCAAGAUUAUAUCCAUGUGAGGGCUCGAAGGGGCCAAGCUACAGAUAGUCAUAGCCUAGCAGAGAGAGCAAGGAGAGAGAAGAUUAGUGAGAGGAUGAAAGUUCUCCAAGACUUAGUCCCUGGGUGCAAUAAGGUGAUCGGGAAGGCCCUAGUACUUGAUGAGAUUAUCAACUACAUCCAGUCACUGCAGUGUCAGGUUGAGUUCUUGUCCUUGAAGCUGGAAGCAGUCAAUUCUAGGAUGAACCUGACCCCGUCGAUGGAGGCAUUCCCUACGAAAGAUCUCGGAGCAACCUCCUUUGAUGCUACAGGGAUGAUGUUUGCCUCCCAAGCAGCACGAGAUUACAUGCAAGGGUCCCAUCCAGAGUGGCUUCACAUGCACAGAUCGGAGGGAGCUUUGAGAGAGCGGCUUGAUCUCGUAUGGUCAAUCUCCGAGGACCGUGAAUAGUUGUUCCAGGAGAAGGAAUUCCACUAUUAGUGUCAUAGUGUUGCGCUAAAAUCUACCGGUGUAUUUGUAAUCAUUCUUGAACGUGCCAUGCCAUUCUUGGCAGAAAAUCAGUCUAAUCUAUCUGUCUAAUAUUCGUCUAUCUAACCAGAAUAUGUUGCCCUUCUCCAUUGUAUUAGCACUUUGACGAGGUUUUCUCGGUUGAAUAUAGUGAUUCGUGGACUAUCAUCGGUUAAUUAUCAGGAGACGUAUUAUUGUACUGUUGUA